GUGUCUGUUUAGCUUCUCUCUCUGUUCAAGACUGGAGAUGUCCUGUAUGUCCUUUAGCAUCAAAAUCUUCACCAUGGCAGGUAUUAGUAUCAUGUAUGUUUUUCCCCUCCUUAUAUAUUUGUUUGAAAUUUUCAUUAACUUUCUUGUGUAAGAUUUUAUAGAUGAAAACUUUAGCAGUGAUGAUAGCAUAUAUGAUAUAUGAUCUUGUUACUAUAGUUGGUAUUGGAGCAGGACUUGCACAUUAAAAGGUGAAGGAUAUUAGUGAACAAUUUCUGAUAUUUGUUUUUUAUAUUAAGUUUUAUUUUGAUAUUAGUUUAUUGGUUUGCAUUUGCAGUGUGGAUCAGAGAUGGUUGCCGCUUUGUGGAUAACUGAGAUCUCUAGCCCUUUUCUACAUAUGAGAGAGCUUCUGAAAGAGAUAGGUUAUCAUGAUACUGAUCUCAAUUUAGCAGUUGAUGUUCUAUUUGCCUUCAUAUUCUCAUUUGCAAGGAUGAUUGGUGGUCCAUAUCUCACAUAUGUUACUUUGACUGCAGAUAAUCCUAUGCUUAUUAAGGUACGACUCUAAUGUAUCUCAUGGUCCCCAAAUAUUAAGGUUAAUAGAAGUUACACCCAAUGAACUAUUAUGGUGUUACAGAAAAUUACCAUUUCUUUUUGGGGGUGAAAAGGAAAUUUUUUUCUGAACGAUUAUUUUCGAGGCAGUGUUAACACUGAUACAAAGACAAAGAAGAGAGAGAGAUCAACGAUUUAAGCAUUGAGAGCCUUUGAGGAGGAAGAAUGACAAACAAAAGCAGCACAAAGUCAAGGCAAAGACAAAAUCAAAGAUCUAAGAUGAAGAUGGAGUUAUUAUCAAGUGCUUCAUUCAAAAUCAUUGACAUGAGGGUGUCAUAUAGAUGGUUUUAUUGCGAUUGUUGCACACAUGUACUUCAAGAAGGACAUGUGACUGGGAGAGCAGCGGAUAUGAUUACAGCAGCCAACACUGCUGCAGAGGUUGCCCUGAGGCUUGUGAGACCUGGAAAGAAGCUUAUGGACAAGCUGCAAGCAUGCGGUACCUUGAGGGCGAACGACGAGGGGCGUCACCUCCUUUGCUUGCAGAUGAUAGGGAUGGUCACUAUGUUUUCAAUCUUGGAGAAAAUCUCACGCCUAGAUAUGUCAAGUGAAAAUCGUGAUGUCAACGAAGUGGUGGAGAUUUCCCCUUCUCAAGGAGUGGGGUUUUGGUCUGAAAAUGUGGAGCUUUAUUUCAUAGACUUGAUGGUGGAAGAAGUGAAAAAGGGAAAUAGGCAUACAACUACAUUUACUAGAUCAUCUUGGAAAUUCAUGGAGCAUGAGUUGAAAAAGAAGACGGGGAGAGAAUACACUCAUGACCAAAUGAAAAAUAAGUUUAACCAAUUGAGACAAAGAUGGAGAAAUUUAAAAAGUCUAUUGACAGAUACGGCAGUUGGGUAUACUGUGAGCACCGGUCAAAUAUCUGCAACGGAAGAUGUGUGGACUAAGUUGUAUGCGACGCACAAGUACGCAAGAUAUUUUAGAAGGAAGGGUUGCAAAGGUUAUGACAAGUUGUGCAUCAUUUUUGGUGAUACAACUGCUACUGGUGAUCAUGCUCAUCCUUCUACUAAAAGUCCUACCAUUAGUGAAGAUGAUAAUGGAGAAGAAGGUGAAGAUGAGGAAGAUGUUGAGUCAUCUCGAGCUAAGAAAAAGGCAAAAGUGGCAAACAAACGUGUACCAUUGAACCAGCAAAUCCAAUUAGCAAUGGUUGAAGCUUUAACCUCAAUGGGAGAAAACUCUAGGAAGAAAAUGGAGUUGAGGGAGAGGAAAAUGAGUUCGACUACUGCAGAUAGUCAUGUUAGUGGAGGGAGAGGAAGAAACUCCGAGGAAGAACAAGGAAUGGUUCAGUGCAUCACUGCACUUAGUGCUCUUCCCGAUGUUGACUCAACUCAGUUUUCCAAGGCCGCACAUAUUUUGCAUGAUGAUGCAUCAUGGAGAACUAUGUUUUUAGCCAUGCCUAGCGAGAGAAAGAAGGAUUGGGUGUUAAAGCUACCUUGAUGUUGUUUAUGUUUGUUUCGAAGAAAUUUGUAUUUGUUUAUGUUUGUGUUUGUUUCUAUUAGGCCAAGGACUUUGUAUGAGUUUCGAUAUGUUUGAUUCUAGUAGGUCGAGGACUUUUGUGUGUGUUUAAAAUUAUGCUUGUGUUCUAGUAGAUUGAAGACUUUUGGGUGUAUUUGUGUUAGUUUUUGAACCUAUAUAUGUGUAUUUCCACAACGUUGUUGGAGUUAUACUUGUUUAUGUUGUUGA